AUGGUGCAACUGGGGAGGAGAGACUCAACCACGGCCAGCCAAUCUGAAGCCAACACCGACAUUCCCUCACCAUUGAUGGACCUCCCUCAACUCAUCGAAAACUUCAAAAAUAAAGGCCUCGACACCAAGGACCUUGUAGCCCUCUCUGGUGGCCACUCCCUUGGGUUUGCACAGUGUUUUGUCUUCAGAAACCGUAUUUACAAUGAAUCCAACAUCGACCCUACCUUUGCACGCGAUCGCCAAUCUACAUGCCCGAAAAGCAGUGGGAACUCAAACCUAGCUCCUCUAGACCCAACAACCGCCAUUUUUGACACGAAGUAUUUCUCCAACUUGGAGAAGAAGAAGGGGCUUUUGCAUUCUGAUCAAGCACUGUAUAAUGGUGGUGAGACAGAUGGGUUGGUGAAGAGCUAUAGCACUGAUAUUUGGGCCUUCUGGAAAGAUUUUGCUAAGUCUAUGAUCAAGUUGGGUAAUAUAGAGCCAUUGACUGGGGAAAAUGGCCAGAUUAGAUCAAACUGCAGGAUGGUGAACUAA